AUGACAAGUGAAAAUAUUUGGUCGAGAUUAAAUACUGCUCGAAAAAUUUCAUCAAAUUUAUAUAUAAUAGCAACAUGUCUUAGUGAUAUAUUAUAUCGUUAUUCACGAAAUUCAUCAAUAUUUGAUAAUCUUUCUCAAGCAUUAUUUUCUUCAUCAAUUGAUCAAAUUAAACUUUUGAAUGAUUAUUCAAAUAUUUUACAAAAUAUAUUAAAACAAAAUUCUUUACAUACGAAUAUAAUACAAAAUAUUCGUCGUCUAUUUCGUACUGAUUCAUGUCUCAAAGAAUUAUUUUCAACUAUUGUUGAUGAAUAUUGUCAAUGUCAUGAAUGUGAUUGUACAAUAUUGAAUAGUAUUGAUGAUGUUAUUCAUGAUAUUAAUGAAAUACAAUUAAGAUUACUAAUUGAAUCAAGUCAAUUAUCUUGUAUAUGUUUUCGAUGUAGUGAUAAAAAUCAAUUGAAAACUGUAACAUUCAAAAAAUUUAGUCCAUGUUUAGCAUUAACAGUAAAUCGAUUGCAUAUUAAUGCUAAAGAUCAAUUAAUUAAUACACAAGGAAUUAUUUAUGAUUUAAUUUAUAUUAUUGAAUUUGAUCAAACAUUAUGUUCGAUUUUAAAUGUUUAUCAACAACAAGAUAUUGAAUUUGUCAUAGUUGAUGGAAUUGAUGUAUCAAAUCGACGAUCUACAAUUGAUAGUCAAGGAAAAUUUCUUACACUUUGGAUGAGUCAAAAAACUUGUUCUCAUAAUGAAAUACAAGUUCCUUUAUCACCAUCAAUAGCAUCCUCAUCUCAAAUAAUACCACAAUCAAUAGUAGAUAAUGACAGUUCUAAUAUUUGUGAUAAUCUUCCAUCAACAGAUGAAAAUCAAUCUGAUAAUUUAUCUUCAUCACCAGCAACAACAGUUAGUGAAGGACUAUCAGAUAAUGAUACACUAACUGAUAUUUAUUUAACAUUACUUCAUUCAAUGAAUAAAAAUCAUUCAGAAAUUGAACAUGAUCAUAGAAUUAAUUCAUUAUCAUCAAGUACACUCUUGUCAAUGAAUGAUAAUAAACAACAUAAUGAAGAAAUUUCAUCAUCGAUUAGUAAUUCAACCAAUCGUUCAUUAAAACAAUUAUCAUCAACUAUGAAAUCAAAACGAACACAUCCUUAUACAACAGCUUAG